AGGAGGAGGAGGAGGAGGAACAAUAACCUGAGACGCGGCUCCGCAGUCCGUCCUCCGUCUCUCCGUCGUUCAGUGAGGCCGCUCCGGGAGGAGGCAGGGCGGGAGCCCGGGAUCAUGUCCUCCCCGCAGGUCUCCUCGUCCCGCAGGCAGUCCUGCUACCUGUGCGACCUGCCCCGCAUGCCCUGGGCCAUGAUCUGGGACUUCACCGAGCCCGUGUGCCGCGGCUGCGUCAACUACGAGGGCGCGGACCGGAUCGAGUUCGUCAUCGAGACGACGCGCCACCUGAAGCGGGCUCACGGCUUCCAGGAGGGCCGGUCCCCCACCGGAGGUCCGCCGCCCGCCCCGCAGCAGCAGCAGCCCGCCGCCACAAAAACCCAGGCGGGGCUGCUGAGCGGCAAGGAGCCGGGGGGGCAGCUCAACCAUCACCACCACCAGCCCGACCCUCCGGGGAAGCCCCCGCAGCCCGCUUUGGACCGGUACUCUCUGGGAACGGACGGCCGGGCGAGGUUCGACUACGGCGGGCACAGCAACGGCAGGCUGCACAACGGGCUCGGAGCGCCCAACGGGUUCAAACCGGACGACGGACCGCCGGAGCUGAACCGACAGAGCCCCAACUCCCGGAGCCGGAGCCACGCGGGGCUCGUGUCGGCCCCGGGACCGAUGACCGUCCCCCCGAACCUGCUGCCGCAGACGCUCGGGCCGCACGGGCUGGCGGGCAGAGCGGCGCCGGCGCACGGCUCCGGGGUCGGGGUGUCCCUGUCCGAGCCCGGGGGGAAGCGGCCGGCCUCGGUGUCCAGCACGGACCAGGAGCGGGAGCUGAAGGAAAAGCAGCGGAACGCGGAGGUGCUGGCCGAGCUGAGCGAGAGCCUCCGGAACCGGCAGGAGGAGUGGGCCAGCAGGCCCAAGCCGGUGCGGGACACGCUGGUGGCGCUGUCCGGCUGCACCCCGUUCGACGUCCGCUUCAAGAAGGACCACGGGCUCGUGGGCCGCGUGUUCGCCUUCGACGCGGUGUCCAAGCCCGGACUGGACUACGAGCUGAAGAUCUUCAUCGAGUACCCGACCGGGUCCGGGAACGUGUUCUCCAGCGCGUCCGGGGUGGCCAAGCAGAUGUACCAGGACUGCAUGAAGGACUUCGGGCGCGGGCUCUCCUCCGGGUUCAAGUACCUGGAGUACGAGAAGAAGCACGGCUCCGGGGACUGGCGCCUGCUGGGGGACCUGCUCCCGGAGUCCCUGCGCUUCUUUAAGGACGGGGUGGGAGACGACAUGCUGCCGCAGCCGCACACCGACGGCAGCUACCCGCUGCUGCCCACCUCCCUGGUGCUGCCCGGCCGGGCUCUGGCCGCGGGCGGCGGGGGGAGCGGCUCCCGGGGCGGCGUGAGGAAGAGGAAAGCCUCCCCGGAGCCGGACUCCGCGGACGUCCGGGCGGAGGAGCAGCAGCGGCAGCAGUGGAUCAACAGCCAGGCCGAAGCCCUCAAACUGUCCAUGGCCGCGGGCUCGUUCGCCGGGCCGCCGCCGCCGCUCGGACCCGGGCACGCGGGACUCUCCUCCGGCCGCGCCACGCCCCCGGAGCCCGCCGCGCCGUCGCAGAACGGACAGUCCCCGAUGGCCGCGCUCAUGUCGGUCGCGGACACGCUCGGGAACGCGCACUCGCCCAACAAGGACCGGGACUCGGUGCACUCCACCACCUCCUCCUCCAGACACACCAGCAGCAGCCCGGUGUCCCCCGCGUCCGUGUCCGGCCAGCGGCGCCUCUCCUCCCGCAGCGGGGACCUCGGGCUGCCCGCGCCCUCUCAGUCGGCGGGGGGCAUGGACCAGGUGCACGCGCAGAGCGUGCCCGACUCGCCCAUGGCCAACAGCGGGCCCCUGUGCUGCACCAUCUGCCACGAGCGGCUGGAGGACACGCACUUCGUGCAGUGUCCGUCCGUCCCGGGACACAAGUUCUGCUUCCCGUGCUCCAGGGAGAGCAUCAAGGCGCAGGGCGCGUCCGGGGAGGUGUACUGCCCCAGCGGGGAGAAGUGCCCGCUGGUGGGCUCCAACGUGCCCUGGGCCUUCAUGCAGGGGGAGAUCGCCACCAUCCUGGCCGGAGACGUGAAGGUGAAGAAGGAGAGAGACCCCUGAGGAGGA